AAAAGGGUGAAAAUAUCAAUCAUUUUGGCCACUAUCUGGGACUCUGGGUCUGUCCGGCGGUCCCGGCCCACACCCCCAUCGGCGCUGUUAUGGACGCAGAGGCGGCCGCCGCGCCGCCUGAACAGCCAGUCGUAGAGAGCCUCGUGGUGGUGCACAACGUGGCGAAGCGCCACAACAUCGGGACUAUGGCCCGCAGUGCCACCGCCUUCGGCGUCUCGGAGAUCGUCCUCGUCGGCCGCCGCGACUUCAAUGCCUUCGGGAGCCAUGGCUCCACCUCGCACCUCCGCUUCCGUCAUUUCCACUCCCUCUCCCAUGCUCGCCUAUACCUCAAGGAGGAGAGGAAAUGCGACAUAUGUGGGGUGGAGAUCACCGAUGGGGCGUUCGCCAUCACCCAACACCCUUUCAGGAAGAGUACAGCUUUUCUCCUCGGUAACGAGGGCACCGGACUCUCUGCCAAAGAAUGUGAGAUUUGUGACUUUUUUGUUUACAUUCCUCAAUACGGAUGUGGGACUGCAUCGCUCAAUGUCACCGUUGCAGCUUCCAUUGUACUGCACCACUUUGCAGGGAUUAGAAGGUCGUUUCCGGUGUUCGUGCGUGAAUCAACAGAUUCGAUACUCGCUUAUGGUAUUCGUGCGCAAAUCAACGGAAUUGAUAGUUAUCCGUUGUAUUAGUUUGGUAUCAGAGUCAUGUCUUUCUUAUGGAAGCAUGUCACCGAGAAGACAGCAACUAGGUCGACUAUGCUUUUAAUCGUGAUAUGGAGUAAUAAUUUCGAGAGAUAGACAAGUAUGAAGAGGAUGUUCUUGAAAGGGAGGAAGGAGUUUAUGUAUAAGGAAGAUAUGGACAACAAAAUCAAAAUAGUUGGAGAUCCAAUUUACGAUGAAGACAUGGCCGAAUCAACUGACGAGCCUGUUUAUGAUGAUGAUGAAAUUAAUAAGGAUACAAACUCUGAAAAAAAAAAGAGGAAUCAAUUGUUGAAAUUUUUGCUCUACUCUAUAUAACAAAAGCUCGAGGAGCACUAUCUGUGUUGGGUAGCGUGGUUCAAGAAACAUAAGUAGAAGAAGUUG